AUGCGUGCACUCAAAGCCCGGCUGUUGUUGAGAUAAGUAGUCCCAGCUAGCCAGCCUUUCCUGAAGCCCCAGCGUCUCCUGCUUACCACGAAACUCUACCCUUGUCUCAACUGUUCUCUCUUCGCAGCAGGCCAGUCUGCAGGAAUGGCCUCUACCAAUCGAAGCCCAAGCAGUGAUGCCGAUAUCGAGGCGCAGAACUUCGUCGUCGACAUGGAGAAGUCGAACCCAGAGUACAAGCUCACGCACACGCAGACAGGGAUGACAAUUUCGCCGGAGCUCUUCGAGAAGCUAUACCUGACGCCCAAAGUUCCGCAUGCGGGUGAUGCGAUCAAGCGGUUUGCGAAUCCUACAGCUAUGGGCUUCGUCGGAUUCGUCAUCUCCACCUUCACGUUUGCUAUGGUGAGCAUGGGCUGGGGCGGCGCGAAUAGCCUCGCCGGUGUUGCGGGCAUCUUCUUCUUCGUCGGACCAGUCUUGCUCAUCCUCGGCACCAUAUUCGAAUGGAUCAUGGGCAACUUCUUCAGCAUGAUGGUUCAGUCUCUGUUUUCGGUCUUCUGGCUCUCUUUCGGCCUGCUUCAGCUUCCUAGUCUUGGAAUUGCAGCUGCCUACUCGCCUACCGGAGAUGCUGCAGAAGGCGCCAUCAGCGUAGGGUAUACUUCGACCGUCGGGCUGUAUUUGAUCGUUUGGGGAUUUGCCCUUUUCACCUUCUGGAUCUUCACGCUCAAGACCAACACCGUCUUCGCCGGUAUCUUCUUGUUCGUGACAAUAGCCGCAUGGAUACUGGCGGGAGCGUACUUUGAGCUUGGAAAGGGUCACUUUGAGAUGGCGACGAAACUGCAAAAGACGGGCGGAGCCUUACUCUUCAUAGUAGCAGCACUGGGGUGGUAUAUGACCUUUGUAAUCAUGGCGGCGGAGAUGAGGCUAGGGAUCAAUUUUCCCGUUGGAGACCUAAGCCACUUCUGGCCGCGGACAGAUGUUCCUUUGGCGGAGACGGAAAAGCAAGACUGAACAUCCAUCAAGGGCUAGGCCUCGAACAGAGCUGGAGAAGAUGCACGUCCGCGAGAUCAGGAAUGGGCGUCGGUGAAGCUGCGUCUUGGCAGCAGCGACCACAUCGCAGACCUUUCAGAGUGGAUGGGUUGUGAUCCACUGAUGGGUGUUGCCACACCAUGACAUACACUGUUUUGUGCUGGGUGUCGCCAAGCAUUAGGUCCCAUAUUCCAUAUACGCAGCGACUUCAAGUCAAGAUUGGGAAUGCUCAUGCACGUGAAGAAAGCGUCAAACGGAGUCGAUUGCGUGCCUACUCGCUUUGAAAGAUCCCCAAGUUCCUGCACGAUAGCCUGAACAGUAUUUACCGAGGCGAGCCAGUAGCGCCGGCGUCUUCAUCAUAUCCCCGACG